AAAACAGAAACCAUUUAUCAUUGGAAACGAAGUCAGGUAAUGAAUUAAUGUAUAAAAUAUUAUAGAAUUAAUGUAUGGAAGCGGAGGCGUGUCAUGCCAAUGCAGAUCGUGUCGAUUACAGCGCCGGUGAUUCCGAAGUUAAAGAAGGUCCUCUUCUUGUUCCUCGCUGCCCGUCGUCGGUUUUAAUGGCAUUGGAUUGGAGUCUUAUCUCUUCAUCAAAACAGCAUUUUUGGCUCCCCGUGAUUUCGUCUCGCCAUUUUCGUAGUCAUGCAAUCUCAUACCUCGUCUCUGAAUCAUCACUGUUACUCUCGUUUGGGGCUCCUUCGAUCUCCGAUAUGGCAGAGCUUCACCGGUUUUGUGUCUUUGUCGCGGCAUUGCUCCGGAGCUUCUUAUUCUUAAAUAGAUCAAGUGAGCGUAAACACAUGUGCUCAUUUCGGUAUGGUGUUAUUCAAGUUAGCGCCAUUGAUGAGGAUUCAUAUGACAUCUCUUCACUAGAUGAUUGGGAUGAUAAUGAGGCUGCUGAAUAUAUGCUUUCAUUAAGUGAUGGUGAAGAUGUAGAUAUUGUAUUUCCGGUGAGUGAUCUUGAUUUGCCCACUUCAAGAGUGUCCAAUGAUGGGGCUCUUACAUUGGCUGCUCACAGGCUUGCAAUGACUGGCAGGGGGCGGAGAAGACAUAGGCAAAUUUAGAUCUACCUUGGGGUGUUACUCAACCUGGGACUUGUCAUCUUCUUGGUGGUUUUUCUUCUAUUUGUAGAUUGUUGGGGGUGGAAAGUUGUCAGACUACCCUUGGCUCCAUUCUACUUGACUCGCCCCUUCCUCUUAUGUGCAUUUCUAGCUUCAUGUGCUCGUUAUGUUCGGGUUCCAAUGCUCAAGAGUCUUAGGUUUCGUCAGAUCAUCAGGAAAGGACCUGCCAGGCACUCCAGGAAGAGAAGAACCCCAACGAUGGGUGGACUGUUUUUCAUUCCUGUUGGUGUCUGUGUUGCGAAAGUCAUAGCUGGUUCUUCUAAUGAAGUUUCUGGUGCAGCAGCAGCAACAUUAGCCUUCGCUGCAAUUGGGCUACUUGACAACAUCUUAAGCCUGAUUAAGAAAGAUAAUGGUGGCUUGUCUCCGUGGCUAAGACUACUUUUGGAGGCGUCUGUUGGAAUCUGGUUUUCAUUUUGGUUGGAUGCAACAAGUUUAUCAUCCCCCUAUGGCAUGAAAAUGUUGGUUCCUCUACCUGAACCACUGGGCCUUGUGUGCUUGGGAAAAUGUUAUCUCUGGUUGACUUCAUUUUGCUUUGUUUCAAUGAGCAAUGGAGUUAACUUGACAGAUGGUCUUGAUGGACUGGCUGGGGGGACUGCUGCUUUAACUUUUGUUGGAAUGUCAAUUGCAGUGCUUGCUAUAUGUCCUGAACUUGCUAUUUUUGGAGCAGCAAUUGCAGGAGCAUGUGUUGGUUUUCUUUUGCACAACCGGUACAAGGCAUCUGUAUUUAUGGGUGAUACUGAGUCAUUGGCCCUUGGCGGAGCUUUGGCUGCAAUGGCUGCUUUUACUGGAAUGUUCCUUCCAUUAUUCAUUUCAUCUGGUAUUUUUGGUGUGGAAUCAUCAUCCGUUAUUUUGCAGGUCCUAUUUCUUGAUAACUACGUUGUAGGUGUUAUUCUUCAAGAUAACCAAAUGCCUGUUGGGUAGCAGACGCCGCUUGUUCAGGAUGGCACCUUUUGAUCAUCAUUUGGAGUUAUGCAAGCUCAAAGAACCAGUACUCGUUGCGGAUGCAUAUCUCAUAUCUUCUGUGUUAGCUUUGUUGGCUGGGUAUGUGGGUCUAACAUCAGUAUAACAAACAAUUUUGUUCCAU